ACGGUGUGGAGUCCCAAGGGGCAAUUUCGAGAGUUCAGGGGUACUUUGAGAGGAGACAAGGAGCCCUUCAAACCCUCAAGCGUGGACUUGGAUGCUGCUGGCAACAUCCUGGUGGUGGACCAAGGCAAUCACCACGUGCAGGUGUGGAGGCGCGAGUUUGAGCUCCUCUGCGCCUUUGGCACGCUGGGCUAUCAGCAGCCAGACCACCUCUGGGACCCCAACUUCGUGACCGUGGCCCCUAAUGGCGAUGUCAUCGUUUCUGUUUGUGCCGCAAACCGUUGUCUGGUCUUCUGA